AUGGUGUGGGGGAGCAAGGCAUGGUUCACUGAGGCUCCCAAAGCUCCUCAGGUCUCAGUGUCACUCCUAAAACAAGCAGGGCGCGCAUCUUCACCACCUGUGGUGGACACCGUGCAUGGCAAAGUCCUUGUCAGCCUGGAAGGCUUUGCACAGCCUGCGGCCGUCUUCCUCAGAGUUCCUUUUGCCAAGCCCCCUCUGGGAUAUCUGAGGUUUGCUCCUCCACAGCCUGCAGAGCCUUGGAGCUACAUGAGAACACCACCUUUCCCUCCCAUCUGCUCACAAAAUCCAGAAGGGAGCCAGGAGCUCAACGAUCGCUAUACCAAUAGGAAGGAGAGCAUUUCUCUGUGGCAUUUUGAAGACUGCCUGUAUUUACAUAUUUACACUCCUGUGAAUAUGAGGAAGAAAAGCAGUCUCCUGGUGAUGGUACGCAUCCAUGGAGGUGGUCUUGUGGUGGAUGUAGCAUCAACCUAUGAUGGACUGGCCCUCUCAGCCCAGGAAAAUGUGGUGGUGGUGACCAUUCAGCUGGGUGUCUGGGGAUUCUUCAGGCAAGAUAUUGGACUCUUGUCUCUGUGUUUUCCCUUCUGUAUUGGAAGUUCAAAGUGCACAGAAGUUAAGAGCCCUGCAGAGGAGAAAAUCCUAUGUAAGAAAUUACUGGAUGAAUUUGUGGCUGCCUGUAACCUGAGAGCUGGGAAUGAACUGUUCAGAUAA